AUGGAUCAAGCACGAAACCACAGAGAGAUGGAAAAACUAUUUAAGAAAGAACCUAUGCCUUUGAACGAUAAAGUGUUGAGCCAUGAAGACCGCACCGAAGUUAUUCCAAGAGAAUCGGCUAGCUCUUGCAACAAAAGAAAAGCAGAAGAAACAUCCCAUUUCGAGAAAAAACGCAAAGGACUCUUCACUGAAGAGGCUAUUCCAGAGGAGCUCACUCACAUGGGAAACAAUGUCUUUGUGGGACCCAGCAUUUACAAGGGAAAAGUGACUGUGCACAUCCGAGAGUAUGCCAAAUAUGGUAAAGCUUACUAUCCGACAAGACGAGGAGUGAACUUUGACCCGUGGUGUUUGAAUGUUCUCGCAACCAACAUGACAGUGGAGGAACAAGACCUGCUGACACUAAAUCUGGAGUUGCCCAAGAACUUUGUGGUCACGUAUAAGGAUUCCAACUUCACUCUGAAACAACUUUCUGCUCAAGGAGAUGAAAAAAGUAGCCUCAGCAUUACAACUACGCAGUGGGAAGAACUGAUGACCAACUUUAGCCGUAUCAGCGACAUUGUCACCAACCUCGUUUAUCAAAACAUGAACUUUUGUGAAGCCAACGAAAGCAUAUCCGACGAACCUGUUAAGGAGGAAAAUCUGCCCCAGUCCUUCGACAUUUCUAUGGGAAGAGCACGUCUCCAAAUUAUUCUAAAGACGUCGCUUGAAGAGCUUCUUAAUCAACAAGAAGAACUAAAUUAUCCCAAGCGCAUAGACUGUGAAGAACUCGUUUAUAAAACAGAAACUGUGAAUGCCAUUGCUCUGAGAUUCAAUGCUGUUGACAUCGCCAGACAAUUUUACGGAAAUAUUUGGGGUGAAGAAUCCUAUUUAAUGUUACUGAAACCUGCUCACUACAUUACCAAGGACUUUUUAAAAAUCUGUGUGUUUAAACAAUGUACUCGAUGAAGUAAGAAACACAUUUU